AAAUUUUCGAUUUUCCCAGAAUUCCCCUAAACUCUAAACAUCAGGCGGUAGUGGAGCGGGGAGGUUGUGUUGUGUGUGUGUGUGAGUAGGGCUUGCGAUGUCGGAUAUAGGUAGCGGAGAUGAAGGUUCAAGUUCGCAAAAAUAUCACGGCAUGGAGCAAGGAAGUGAAUAUGAUUCAGGCCAGCAAGGUCAAAUGGAGCAAGAGCUGGCAACUAAAAUGCUCCAGAUCCAGAGCAAAAGAUUUUAUUUGGAUGUAAAACAAAAUCGCAGAGGCAGAUUUAUAAAAGUUGCAGAAAUCGGAGCUGAUGGAAGAAGAUCACAAAUAUUCCUUGCCCUAUCUACCGCUGCUGAAUUUAGAGACCACCUUUCAACAUUUAGUGACUAUUAUUCCUCUCUAGGCCCACCUAAUCCCGACAACGUUCCUGAAGACGGCAAGCUGAAAUCUGAAAUGAUGAUCAAGGACAAUCGUCGAUACUAUUUGGAUCUGAAGGAGAACUCGCGGGGGCGAUUCUUGCGCGUGUCGCAGACCAUCACAAGGGGCGGGCCCCGUUCACAGGUAGCGAUACCUGCGCAGGGAAUGAUCGAGUUUCGCGACGCCCUAACCGACCUUCUGGACGAGUUCAGUACUGACGAACACGCCUACAAACCGGACCUGCCCGAAGGACGACAUAUGCACGUCGAUAAUAAAAACUUCUAUUUCGAUAUUGGUCAAAAUAACCGUGGAGUAUACAUGCGAAUCUCCGAGGUGAAAACCAAUUUCCGCACCGCCAUCACACUUCCAGAGAAGAGUUGGGCGCGGUUCCGAGACAUUCUAAGCGACUAUUGCGAAAAAAUUAAACAACCGGCCGCUAGCGGCGCUGGUGGGUCCCAGGGCUCCGGCCUGGGCGGGCAGGACCAACCUCAUCCAUUGGUUGGCAAUAAUACCCAACAAGAUGGAGGAACGAGUUUAAAGUAGGCUAGCGCGCCCAUUUUAGACAAAAAAUAUUAGAUUUAAUAAUAAUAACAAAUUUAAAAAAAUUGGAUAGACACUAUCGUCCUUUUAUCGCCCACUGAUCUCAAAUAAUAUACAAAUUUUUGUAUUGUGUAGGAUAGGGAAUAAUCGAAAUUCCAAAGCAGGGAGGAGGUUAACAAAGUCAAAAGCGUUCAUAUAGAAAAAUGUAGAAUGGAAUUAGUGACUUUUUAUUUUUCUCAAAACAGAAAAAAGUCAUUAGCUCGUGAGUGAUAAAAUUGGAAACAGAAGAUGUGAUAUAACUGGUAUGUGAUAAAUUAUUGUAAAGAUUCAAACCAAGACUUUAUAAAAUAGAGUCUUUGUUUUAUAUUUAUUUAGGUAUGUAGGGUUACGUAAUGAUCUGGAAUAAUCCAUAAAAUGGAUUCGAUAAUAGGAUGUUUUCUAUAUUGGUUGGUUAUUUUGUUUACCUCCUCAUUUGAUAAACAAUAAUAUUGCAGUUGGUUUGAUAGUCAGCGGCAAUAAAAAGGCGAUGGAACGAUUUCGAGAACAGUAACCAGAUUGAUUGGUUUUUGUGCAGUGUUACAAAGUGAAACACUAUAAAUAUAUGUUAGAUUCUCUAUUAUAUGUUAUUGAAGAAAUACUUUUAAAAAAAGUUUAUUUAUUUUUUUUUUUUGUCGUUUUUAAGUUGUUAAUUAUGGUACAUUUCAUGUUUUUAAUUAUCAUUUUUGACUGCGGUUUGUUUCGUUUCGGGCCAAAUCAAUAAUUUUGAUUUAUUAGUAUUUGGUUAGACCAAUAAUAAAAAGUCUCAUCCAAUAGUUACAACUAAUAGUUUGUUAAUUACCGUCACAAUACAUAAAGUUCUUGGCUGCUCACAAUGAUUUUUAGAUGUUUGGCUACAUUUUACAAUGAUAGUCCUUAUCAGACCCAGUGAUCAUAGUUAAUUAUUCUAGUCUGCAGUCAAGCAUCUUCACCAUGUCAACUUCUGAGCAGCUAUGGCUUCAACAAACAAUUUGAUUUGUUUAAAAGUGUGCCAAUAUCUUGGUAAUGUUCAGUGAGUAAUAAAAAAUGCCAUUUUUAAGGGUGCUAACAGGUUGGGUUCAGAUUUUAAUUUGCACGCUAUCAUGAAGAGAUUAUAUUAUUAAGUAUAAGGAAAAUUUCCAAAUAUAUUGCAACCUGAAAAUAUUAUUUGUAGACAUUUUUUAUUAUUUUAUUUAUUGAUUUCGCCCGAAAACGAACGUCUGUCUCAACUAUAGAGGGCACCACAAUCUGUUUUUUUUUUGUUUGUGAUUUAUAAAUGUACAUGAAAGGCGCCGAACGUUACUGCUGUCAUUUGAGAUUAUGGGGAGUAACCUACGACGCCGUCAGCUCUGUGAUUUUUCUAUUAUCUUUGUAAAAAAAAAAGUUGAAGCGGUAAGCUUUAUUAUAUUUUUAUUAUAUCUAUUAUGUUUUUUUUUUUUUUGUGACUUACAUAUUUUUUGUUAUGAUUAUGUAAAUUAUUGCCAAUAAAAUGGCAGAAUUUCAUUUUUUCUAUGUAGAAUAAGUGGAAUUUGCCGAGAAGUCUGUGUUGAUUUUAUUGACAAUCUAAUUUAAUAGAAUUAUAAAAUGUCAGUACAAUCGACACACGAAAACAUUUUCAAAUAAUAUAUAUUAUGUGUCGGCAUAAUUAUUAUGCAAUUAAAAAUAAUAGGGGUGUGGGGAGGGUGUCAGGUCUUUCUCACUGCCAAAAGUUUUAAGUGCUUUUUAGUGACAAUAUUAUUUGGUUUUUGCAAAAGUUUUACGAAAACUAUUUCGAUUAAUUCCUAACAGCAUUAUUUUGUAAUUUUAAUUUUGUUGACGUUGGGAAUUUCGGCCCUUGCCCCUCACAAUGGGGUGUGUGUGGCCGAAUUCCAAACAGACAUUUUAAUUACUUAUAGUUUUUUUGUUAUAGGGCACCUUGUCGUUUUUCCAUAGACGU